GAGGAAGAAGAUUUCCUUUUGAAGCGGGUGUGUAUCUGUGCCAAGGAUUGCCUUGUCAUUGUAUUCAGAGAGAAACGCGUGGUCAGCUGCACCACCGACAGCUCCUCUGCAGCCUCACUGGUAAGCUGGCAUGUCUGUUAACAAAAGCGCUUGGUAGAGCAUGCUGCAUUUGGUGCUUAUUUUCUUUAACAUAAACUAACUUAAAUUUAUUUUUUCUUUAGAAGUUAAAAUUCUGUUAAUAGUCCGAUAAAAAGCUUUAAGUUACACGAACAUUUAGUGAUGCAUUUGAAGGCACGGACCGCCGUCUUAAUUGUUUUUGUCUGGCGUGGUAAGCGUGAAGCGCACGCCACUCCCCGCCGUGCCACAUUGAGCGUUUCAAUAAAACUAAAAUAUUUCAUCUGCAUACGAUUUUCCUGUUUUAACAUCGCAACCCACUUUUGAACUGGUUUUCAGUUUCCAUUUAGGACAUUUUUAUCCAAAUAAAAGUAAUAGUUAACACAUUAAGGUCAAAACUACCCGUAAAAUACACUAAAUCAAUGCGUCGUUUAUUGCAACUGUUUAUGUUUGCGCAAAGAUAACGAGUCACUCUUAGAAAAGGUCAUAUAGUCUGUUUAGUUAGUUUUUGAUCACUGUGUCAUCGUUGCUGUAAAAAUGCAAUGCUUUAAUGUACGCCUGUUUUCUUUGUCGCUUCCGCGGGUUGAGUUGUUAUUGAGCUUCCUCUUCUGUCUCAUGACACGAUAUAGUUUCACACAUCUGUUUGAUCGUGUAUUGUUUUCAGCGCAUUGACAAUAAAAAAAAUAAAUCAACUUUAUGAUCCAGGUCGCCUUUGUUAAAAGUGAACCAUCCUUCGUGAAGCCCCCUUUUUUCUGAACGGCCCUUUGUCUCCAUGUCCUGGUGAGGGUUUGACGCAGUUACUUAAACUGAGGGGAGACAGUCUUCUGUGGUCAUGCUUGUCUGCCUUUUUUUGUUUUCAAUAAUGGAAACUGAAAUUUUGGAUCAACUGUAAUGCCUAAAUUUUGCCACUAGCAGUCUGCAUGGCAAAAUAAUGGACUGCAGAACAUUUUAACAUAUAUUUAAAUUAGUUUGAUCCAUCCAGUUUGAGUUGAUAAUGUGUACUGUAUACAAAUAUCUACCCUUUUAUCAUCCAUCUCUUUUUCCUGGAUAUUGAGUAACUUCCUGCCAUAAACACCAUGACCACCAUGCACUGUGAAGUUUUUGCUUUUGCCCUGCAGCAGGAUAUGUAGUCUGAACAGACAUAAUUCAUUAAUUUGUUCCCAGAAAUACGGAGUUAAAGUUUCAUUCGUCACACUGGUUUACAUUCAUGCCUGCAGGCUUUGGCACUGCAGUCUAAUGUUAUCUAAUCGCUCCUUAAUUUCUCACUGUUCAGUACUUGCACAAUUCAAACUGUACAUUUAACUACGGAGGUUGUUGUUCAGAGUUUAUUGGUAUCAGACUGAACUGCAAAAUAUUAACUUUUGUUUACCCAGUUUGCUGUAUGAGAAGUUCAUUGCAUCAUACAUUCAAGUGUAACACCACUCAAUAAAACCUGAACUAUAAACAGAGAGUCACUCUUCUCUUGUAGGUUUAAGGUAGAUUUUGCUUUAACAUGCUGUAGCAGAGCCUCUACUAUAAACUGAUAUAUGAAAAGUGCCCAUGGCAAACUUUGCUCCUUGCAAAGCACUUACUUUUCCUUCAAACUUUCUUGAACUUGAUAAGUUUUGGAGUUACUGGAUUGUAGGACUUUUUUAAUGUGCUGUGGGUAAGCUGCUGGGGCUUGUCAUCAGAAGUUUUCUAUCGGUUAAGUCCUUGUUGGUUUCAAUGCACAUUUCCUUUUUUUUUUUUUUUAAGGUACAUGGUGGUGUCUGAAGUCAGCCUUUGAGCCAGAUAUGGAUUUAGAGAAAAGUGGUGAGGUUUUGGAUGUGUCAGAGCCUCCACAGCAAGAGGAGACUGUAAUGGAAAAAGAGGUUGUGUCAAAAUUGGAGACACCAGAGGACUCCACAGAGCCUGAGAAGCCACCAGCUGCUGGCGAAGAGACCGAGCAGCUGCCUGUGAACGGCCAUGAUACAGAAGUCAUAAACUUAAAAGAAACAGAAGAGUUGAUUGUGACAGGAUCAGUUACAAUGUCCGAGGAAAAAACAGAAGUGGAAAUCGAGGACAGCCUGCCCACAGAAGAAUCUGAAAUGGAGUCAGAGCCUGCUGCGGUGGCUCCACCAGAACCAGAUGAGUCAUCUGAAAAGAUCUCUGACCCAGUGGCAGCUUUAGACACAGAACCAGAAAACACUCAGCCUCAACAGCAGCCAGCGCCAGAGAAUGACCCAGAACCUUUGCUUGUGCAAACACCUCUGGCAGACAUUCCCCCUGAACUGGAGCCAGAGAAACUGUCCGAAUCGGUCCCUGAAGCUGAAAUACAAGAGCAAACAUCACCUGAACCAGCAGCACUACAGCAGCUGGUGGACACAGAACCACCCAGGCAAGAGGAGACAGAGUCCGAACUGAAGGGAACGGACACAACUUUAAUGGAUACCAAGGCAGAAGAAGUUGCCAACAAGGUUGUGGAGGAAAAGGAUGUCCCAGCAGAGCCUAUAAAAGAGGUGGAAAAAGAAAAGCCUGCUGAAGAGGAGGAAUCUGAGGAAGUUUCCCCAGAAAAGCCAGCAGUGACUGUGACAGUAACAGAGGAGGCAGCAGCAGCUGAGCAAAAGAAAGAAGCUGAACCAGAAAAGGGGGCUGGAGGUGCAGCAGAAGAGAAAGCUGUAACACCUGAGACAAAUAAUGCUGAACUACAAAAGGAAGAAGAAACAGUCCCUGCCUCUGGCUCCCUUUCCUUCGCUCUUCUGGAACAAGAGCCGACCAAAGAUGCCCUGCGGACCUCUCGUACCUUGGUUGUCCUAAGAGGCCUUCCAGGAAGUGGUAAAAGCUUCUUGGCUCGUGCUAUAGCUGAUGCUUACAAAGACCACUGCUCUGUUUUCUGUGCUGAUGACCAUGGUGUAAAGCCAGAGAGUCCAGAAGCAUCUGCUGAUGGAUACAAGGCUCUGGAUGAAGCUGUGGUGGCCUGCUGCAGUGCAGGACCUGCUUCUUCUGUGCUCGUGGUGGUGGAUGACACCAACCACACCCUGGACCGCCUGGCCCGUCUGGGGGAGAUUGCUGAGCAGUACCACCUUGUCACAGUCUUCCUGGAGCCACGUACCGAAUGGAGCAGAGACCUCACACAGCUGACCAAGAAGACCAGGCGUGGGCUGGAAGAGGCUCAGCUGGAAGCCAUGAGAGGUCCUUUCACAGAUGUGUCCCUUCCUCUUUUCUUUGGUUGGUUUCUACUCUCCUCUGUCCAGGACAAGGUCCGGUGCACUUCUAUGGACUUCCUGAAGACGCUGGACACCAUGGACGCCUUUAAGAAGCACUUAAUUGACUGUGAGUACAUUUAAGCAGAUAAUAUUUUAAAACUUAACAAGGAGAAACAUGUAACAUUUAUCUUUUCUUUCUAUUAACAGUCACAGGAAAAGCUGAAAAAGAGGUGGAUUUGGAGCAAUACUUUCAAGCCAAAGGAUCCCUCCAUUGCACUACAAAAUUUAGUGACUACGGGAAAGCGGAUGGUGCCAAAGAGUAUGCAGAGAAUCCAGUAAGAAACCAUUUAUUUUAUGCAUGUUGAGUGAAGAUCCAAAAAUAUGUCACCCUGGCUCUAAUGGAUUGCUGUUUUCUCUUAAUUUUUUUUCUACUUUGCAGGUUGUUCAAAAAUUCUACGGUUCGGUUUCGGAGCUCUCUCUGAGUGCUCUUUUUGUCACUCCGCGCACUGUCGGUGCCAGAGUGUCCCUCACAGAGGAGCAGCUUCUGCUGUGGCCAGCCGAUGCCGAGAAGGAGGCAGAUGUCCCAGCAGCUGCCUCUCUCCCUCAGGGGAGCCGCGCCCACGUCACCCUGGGCUGUGCAGAGGGUGUGGAGCCGGUUCAAACAGGUCUGGAUCUGCUGGAAAUCCUUGCCUUGCAGCAGGAAGGCCAACAGGGGGAGCUGGUGGAGGAGAUGGAGCUGGGAUCGCUGACCUAUUACGGCAAUGGAAGGUGGCUGCUUAGUCUGAGGGAGUCCAUCUGCGCCCCCGCCUGCUUCUCUAGCUACUACGGGCGCAAGGAGCCCGGGCCACCCAAAAAGGAACCGGAGAAGAGAAAGAGGCAGAAGUGCACCAUACUGUAGAUGGCGAAUCUGGGGGUGUGUGGUUGGGAUGACUGGUGGGGUAAAACUUGGGCUUACUCUGUGAAUGGUGAGUGUUUGUGCAGCGUUAAAGGUUUCAACUGUAGCCACCCUAAAUCCACAAGCUGUGUGCCUUUUACUAUUGAUUUGCACCACAACCCAAGAUGCCUUUAAUCCGGUUAGGCUUACUGUUAACAUUCAGUAUCUUGUUCCACAUAUUGGUGCCAGAGUUUCACAACCUGGCUAUCAGCUUAGGUGUGAUUAGCUGCAGUUUUAGACUAAAGGUAGUGUAACCUCCUCUCACAGUUCAACAGUUAUGACUUACAUAUACUCUUCUUUCUGUCAGUGUAUCUCAGUAAUACAGGUACGAGUUCUAGAUCCUUUCAUUGCAUGCGUUACACUAAAAACGGUAUCAACAUAUUCACACACUUCUGAUCUGCUUCAAGUUCCUCUGCCGCUUUAACACUGUCUGGUGUCUCCUUUGUCCUAGCAGUCGUUUCUGUUUAUUGUUCAGCCUAGAAAUAAGUAUGGGGCCAAAGUUCUCUAUUUGUUUAAGUGUAUUAGAAUGAUUGUCAUUAAUAGAGGUCCUUCCAUUUAAAAUCUUUGCACUGUGUAUUACUAAAGGGAGAAUCCCUUUGACUUAAGCAUUUAUUUCAGCUGCUUGCACUAACUACUUAUCAAAUGCUGUGGAUAUCAAGUAAAUGUUUUGCUAUCUUUUUCUACUGCGCAAAUACUGCACCGUUUAUCCCUUUUAUCUUUUUUCAACAGCACUUCAUGUAUUGCAUUUCUCUUUGUAUCCUCUGUAUUUUUUGAAGGGCGAGUCCUACUUUGUGUAGCUCUUCUGAAUCACUAUUUUUGCACUUGUUUUGUACACUUAAUAAAAAAGAAGAUGCUUUGCUCCAGGAACACAACUU